AUGACCGGCCAUGCAGUCGCCCAUUUCCGGCUAUCCCGCCUCGAUCACAUAAGACGGAAGACCUCGGCACACCUCAAGAUAUUUCAUCUGAGUCACCAGGUCAACAUCGUCAACCCAGUCCAAUUCGUGCUGAAGAUGUGGACGCUAUCACUCCAACCCGCAUACAAGCUCGUGGAUUUGUACCCGUUCAGCGUGGCUUUCCGCCUUCGUUCCGUCGAACUCUGCCUAUUCCUGCUGUCAGACCUGCAUAACUUUUUCCAUCGCCACCCCCACAUGCCUCAGCGUUGCAACCGGCCGGAGCAGACCUUGCUGGUAGCUGGUAGGAUUUUCAUUCAUCGUCGCUCAUCUGGACAUUACUGA